UUCCUGGGUCAACUUGCGGAAAAGUGACAGCUCCAACGCUACCACUUGGGUUAUAGCAGCUUUUUUUCCUAUAAUCGUACUCAUUACCAUUACUUACAAACUUCAUACUUAUUAUUAGACUCGUAGAAGCCAGUUUUCAUUCAGUUAAGAUGGUGUUUUACUUCACAAGUGCCGUGGUAAAUCCGCCUUACACGAUCUACAUGGGGAAGGACAAGUAUGAAAAUGAGGAUCUAAUAAAGUAUGGAUGGCCUGAAGACAUCUGGUUUCAUGUGGACAAGUUGUCUUCUGCUCACGUUUAUUUGAGGCUGCCAAAGGGUGCAACUAUCAAUGAUAUUCCUCCUGAGGUGCUGAUCGACUGUGCACAGCUGGUGAAAAACAACAGCAUCCAAGGCUGCAAAAUGAACAACAUCAAUGUUGUUUACACGCCGUGGGCGAAUCUAAAGAAAACUGGAGACAUGGAUGUAGGACAGAUCGGCUUCCACAAACAGAGAGAGGUGAAGAUCGUUGCAGUGGAGAAGAAGGUCAACGAGAUCGUGAACCGUUUGGAAAAAACAAAAGAGGAACGAUACCCAGACCUGGCAGCAGAGAAAGAGUCAAGAGACCGAGAGGAGAGAAAUGAGAAGAAAGCGCAGCUCCAAGAACAGAAGAAGAAGGAGAAGGAGGAGCAGAAGAGGAAAAAAGAGAUGGAGGACCUCAGAAACUACACAUCACUGAUGAAGUCUGAAAAUAUGAAAACAAAUGAGGACGGCUACGAUUCAGAUGACUUCAUGUGAAAGCUGAGGACGAUGCAGCGACACUCAAACCUCUACUGUCGGACGCUGUGCUGCUGUUUUCCGCUCGCUGCUGUUACCGGUGCACUGACACUGACAAAGACAUACCUUCAGCUUUUUAUUUUUUUUAUCUUUUUUUUUUUGAGGGGGGCAAAAAUGAGCCAAUGAGGGACAGCUUUGGGACUUUUCUACAUGCUGGUUGGUUCAGACGCUGCUUCCAAACUGAACCUAACUGGCUGUGCCCUCCACAUCGAGACAAAAGAACAGAAACAGGAACGCCGAGGAUGAAUUUGAGGAACAGAUCAGUGUUUGAUUUGAUUCACUGCCAUGUCGAAUGAUACUAAUGUAUGAUUAAAAGUGUUUGUGUGGGUUCCUUUGUUUAAAAACUCUAAAAGAGGAAUUUUCUAGAGGCUCCUUUGACCUUUGCUAGCUGUCUUCUUGUGUAUAUUCUGUCUGUGCAUGUCUGAUUUUAUUCAUUGGCGUCACAUAUUAUUUUAACGAUCAACUACAACUUCCAGAAACACAGUGCCUGCAGCCCCAGUCGUCCAGAAAAACCUACAGAGGAAUUUAAAGUGUUUUCUCUGACUGUAAUUGUUCAUAGUGGAGAUUUGAAGGAGGACGUUUAAAAUCACAUGCAAUGGUUUAUCUGAAGAUGACAUGAGGCUUCAUCAGAUCAAGUUUUUUUUUUUUUUUUUGUCAUUUUACUGCAAAUAAGUACAAAUAUGAGGGUCUUGUUCUUAAGUAUUUUUAUUUUAUGCAGCUUUAUACUUCUAUUCCUCUACAUCUCAGAGGCAAAUAUCAUACACCUCACUCUACUUAUUUGUCUGACAGCUUUAGUUCCUGGUCAGAUUCCAGAUUUCCUGUCCAGUGAAAGCUACAUAUCCCCAAAUGCCAAUAUAUUUUCAGCAUUUCUGAUGAACUGAAGGAUGCAGGGUUUAUGUAUGACUUCAGUUUAAAAGAAUCCUCCUCCUUUAGUUAAAUAAACUCGUACUGAGCUGAACAUA